GCUGGUGCUGCUGGUCCGGCAUAAAUUGUUCCGAUCCGGACGCACGAAGCUCAUUCGUGUCCCAAACAUCGAGAUCAACACAGUUAACGGAAAAAGCCGGCGCUGUUUGAAGGAAGUUACAAAACCUGUAGGACCAAACGACGGUGUGACGCAGCGAUAACGGAAAGCCACUAUAGUUUGGCGCAAAAUUUCAAAACCACCGUGUGAUUGUGCGUUUGUAGAAAGCUGGUGCGUAAACAGUGUAAACGUGUUCUAAAAGACCAAGGUUCAAAGCAAGUUUGCUUUUGAAACGAUCUAUCUCUGAUCCGUGGUAGUAGUCAUAACGAUCUACUAAAAAAUAUACACAAGUGACAGUUGCAAUAUGGCGCACAAAUUAGUAUCGUGUAGUGCCUGCUUGCUGGUGGCGCUGUUCGUGUUAAGUGCAGUGAACGUAUCGAGACAAGCGUCGCUUUCACUACGGGUUUUAUCACGUGGUGAGCGAUCUGUUUUCAACCAAACGCACAGCAACAAGACGUGCGAAGGCAAUACGCCGUGCGGUUGGGCAGUUUACGUUCCGUCAACAAGAGCGAUCGAUAAUUUUAUGAAAAAUACGUGCGAUUGUGAGAAGCUGAAGCAGUGCGUCCGAACGGAUGAUGAUGUCUCGAUCAGUGCGUACGUCUACCGCUGCCGGGAGCAUCCGGCGAAGGCAAAGUCCGUACCCGCGUCCUGAUCAACUCACCCGGACGCCAUCAUGUAUUGAAAUUCCACCGUGGCAGCACGCCCCAGCAUAUUACGUCCUGUGAAGCCGGCUGCGUGUGUGCAUACUAUGUAAUUACUAAACAUCUAAACCUCUAAACAUAUUACAGCUAAAGGAAAAAAAGCACUUUAUAACUUUACCCGCUGAUAAGCAGCGCCGCAGUGCAUGUAGCAAUGUAAGAACUUCAAAAAAACAAUAUUUUAAUAAUGACGCGCGAAUGGAAAACGCAAUUCACCGUUUUGCACCACCGAAUCGGUACGGUUGAUGGUGCAAUAUUUAAAAUUUAUUUAUAUUCGCUUACUUGUUUACUCGUUUUAAAAAGAAAAAAUCUACGUUUCAUUGUUGCGUAUCUUGCUUUAUGUCCGUUUUCCCCACCCAGCGCCUUGGAUGUCAGCAGUGUUUAUGGAACAUGGUUUAAUUAUUUUAUAUAAGCUAGAUGUAACACCUAAAUAUGCUCAUUACACAUCUACAUCGGAAAAGGGAAAGAGGUAGAACCUGGUUUAGGCUCCGUCUUCGCACCAUUUGCUCUACAAGACGACGCGUCAUAUUGACGCCAUCUGCUCACGUUCGGUUUAACCCUGUCUGACCUACGACUCGGCACAUACGCGCUAUAUCGUCACAAUAUUACUUUACUAUCCCGAGCCCCCACUAAAGGCCCAACGCCAAAAACCCAAUUUGUGUCAUGAGUAGUUAAUGGUGGUCCAUGGUUAUUACAAGGACGUUAAAUAAACCACUCCCUAUCUUUGGAAAAGACUUGACUAACUAUACUGUAGAACAAGCUGCAAAGGAGCAAAAAAGGCACGCAUCGUCCUGAUCUGAAUUUGUGUACUAACGUAAAACGCAGGAAGCUUUUGUGUGCUAAAGCUCGAGGUAGCCUAAGUAACGCAAACGUUUCAAAAGUUACUCACUCCGUACCAGAAUCAAAAUCAAAUCCAUCAGUUCCACUCGUCUAGUUGUGUAAGGAAAUAUUAGUCAGUAAAGUGGAUUAAAGAUUCUUCUAUGAGAAACAAAAUACAUAAUAGGAAACACUCCCCGGUCGUGUUCCCUUCCGGAGCAUAGGUCACCUGUUUUUGUUUUUAAAAUUCACGCGUACUUAAAGACGAUGCACAGAACCGCCGUUGCUACAGUGCAAAGGAAUUAACGAUAAGCAUUCAAUCACGAAUGCCGCUUUGUAGGAAAGACACGCACGAAACGGUUAACUAGCUGCUCCUACGACUACCGUACAUCUUCUAUACAUCAGCCGUAACACAAUAUGCACAAAUAUGUAAUACCGCAAUACCGCUUCAACAGAUGCAACAGGCUUUACAGUCAGUAUUCAACACGUUUCAACUCAAAGGAAAAAAAUACAGUUGCUACUCCAUAUUAGUGUUUGCUAUAAUGAGGGAUAUCCAACGAUACCUGGACAGUACGAUCAGAUCUACGGAUCUCUACAAACAGGCAUAACUAGUAGGUCGACUACAUAUUAUGAAAGAAUUUAAACAUGAUGAAAUAAACACCUAAUCAGAAGCAGCCAGCUACAAA